AUGGCCGGUAAAACCGACCCUCCACUUCCCCUUGAAUGGACGCAGCGCCCGCCCAACGAUGAGUUUUCUUACUUUACCAAUGGGGAUAAAAUCACGGUUCUCCUGCAAACAUUGGAUACCUUCACCUUGCGAUCACUGAACAAGUUUCAAAGUCAGAGGCUUCACAUAUAUGCUGAAACCAUCCAAAUCGAUGGAGAUAUCACCCUUCCAGGUAAAGAACUAGGACUCUUCUGCAACAAAUUUCUUUUACCAGCCGGUCAAUCGACAGCUACCAUCUCUGUAACUGGGGCAAAAGGCGUCAAUGGCGUCCCCAAUCAGGCGAUCGGUGAUACCAAUCAUGGAAAGAAAGGCGGUAACCUCGUGCUAUGCAUAGAGGAGUUUGACCCACUGCUGCUGCCUGACAAGAAUCGCGAACAAAAGAAGACCGGCCUCUACCUUCAGGCAUAUGGUGGCGACGGUGGGAACGGUGCAAUAGGUGUUGGUGAUAAAGGCGGUGGUCCGGCCGGAAAUGGAGGAGACGGAGGCAACAUUACUGUGUAUUAUGGACAUGCUCUAUUUGGCGUGAUGAAUAAUGUUAUGUCUUUGCUUAACGAUUCCAAUAUCCCAUGGUUGUCAAAGCUCACAAGUUUGCGAGACUAUGACUUCAAAGUGCCAAUUUCGGAAGGAAACAAAAACCGGCUUGUGGAUUUAGCGAAGCAGACUCUGGCCGAUGCAAAGCCAUUGGAUGAGAUUCGACAGUUAUUGAGACUUAUAUCGUUCGAUAGAGCACCAGACGGCACAUCCCCAUCAGAGUCGGCCGCGAAGCUCACCAGCCUCAUUGAGGACGUUCAGAGGUGUUCAAAGGAGCUUAGCAUGGGCGGAGCCACCCUUGAUGCGAUACAAAAAUCACACGAUGUCCUAGAUCAGUUCAGACAAGCGAAUCCCCCUUACACGACCGAACAGUGGAAAGGCUUUGAAGAUUCCACUGCCCUUCUCCUCACAGAGCUAAAAAGCUCGCUAGAGCACCCUGUACAAGAUUCAGACUCUCAAGUACGAGCUACUCUCACUGCCGUGACAAAGGAAUUGCAAGCUAGAGUCAAUCAUUUCACCUCACAGAUGAGAGUAAUGCAUAGCUGCAGAAGGGGCCAGGGCGGAGUAGGCGGUGCAGGUGCCAUAGCGGGCUCCGAAAGGGGAUCCAAUGGCGACGCUGGCAAGCUAGAUGGCAAGGUGAAAGUCCAUCCCUUAGACUUUUCAGGCUCCGAAAAUAGCCUUACCUACCUAGAUCCUGUGGCCCACCCAGAUCAAUGCCAGAUGCUUUUGAACCGGGCGGACUUGAAGUACUACGCAGCCAGCGGUGGCCAGGCUUUCGAGACUUUCACCAAAAAGCAGUUGGAGGAACAACGGUCUAAAAUGACACCUGGAUUCUCCGGGCCCAAAGGUGGGAGCCUCAUGACAGCACCUACAGGUGGCGGGGGCUCUGGUACCGAUUCGCUUUAUGGUGAAGCAGGAGCACUGUACCAAAGAAUCCUCAAGAGGCUUCACUUUGUGCCUGCUGUGAAAAGGCUUCUCAAGCUCAGCAAUAGUAAAGACACUCAAAGUCUUACUGAUGAUGAAAAAAGCAAAUACUCCCUUGUUAUGGCAUAUGCUGCAAUGGCUGCGAAUAACCUGUGUCUUGAUCCGAUUAUCCAAAUAAUGCAGGUGCACGACCACGCUGUGCAGCGUCUGAACUGGAUUGCGACUGGAAAGGACUUUAUGGGUCAUGAAGGUCUCUGGGCCCCCCGCCUUACAUACAGCUUUUACGAGGCCGAGCUAGCAGCUUUGGUCCCGAGAUCUGUGGAGCUUGCAAAGUCAUUUCAAGAAGUUCAAGGCGAGGAAAAAACCAAAGCCGCAAUCCAAAUGAGCGUUGAACAGUGCGAUCUUCAAUUGAGAGGGCUGGAGGCCCGCAUUAAAGUGAUCAGUGGGAGCACGGGUGGUCAGCUGAAGGUCAUUGGAAGCCAAAUCUAUGCAUACACGCCAAUUCUCAAGGCCAAGCGCAACGAGCUCCAGGCGAGCAUCAUUGCUGCAAAAGUAGAGAUUGCGAAGAAAAUCAACUUUGAUCCCAAAUUUUUCCUGGACGCUCUUUGCAUGAUCGCCUUUUGUCCAGAUGCCUUCAACGUUGCCGCUCAAACAUCCAAUGGCAUCUACCAGGCUGCAACAACCGUACAAAGCACCGAAGGCCAUGCAGUGAACAAGAAAUAUGUCAUUUCCCAGUUUGGCGAUGCAGGUGACAGUAUCGAAAAGCUAACUGAAGGCUACAAAGCCCGACCGGAUGGCCAUAUUGACGUCGACGACCCCGGAGCCACCAAGUUGCUGUCGACAAAGGCAAACUUGACAAAAUUGCUCAAUAGCUUCAAGAACGCCAUUCCAGAACUACACAAAGUAAUCGAGUCACAACUUGAACAUUAUGUGGGCAUUAUUGAGAAACGCAACACGGCAGUCAUAGAAUACAAUGCCGCCGUCCAGUUGCUGGCCAAGGCCCUGGCCGACCAAGAAUUCUACCAACACAGAAGUGAGGAGCUGGGUCAGCUCCAGCUGUCCGCGACCGCGCCUUCAAUUCGGCUAUGGCUCUUGAAAUAUCGCCAAGACUUAAGAUACAACAUCCUGUCUACCUUGUACCGAGGCGAGCGAGCCCUCCAGUUCUGGGGCUUGAACAACAGUCUUGCCGCCAUCCCAACAGCUCAGGAUUUCUCGGAUAUCGAUCUACUGAGGAUGCGCACCGAUGCACUUAAAGAAGUUUUCACAGAGUCAUUGACGAACCGCUCCGACAACCCGGGGACUGUGUGGCCGGCAGUUGAUCAAGUGGUCAGUACCCAAGGCAGAGGCAAAUUCUUCCACCUGCCGUCCGAUCUCGUCAAAACUUUCCGAGACCAGCCUACAAAGAUGCGGGUUAUAGGCUCCAAGCCUCCAAGCACGUAUUUGCUUUAUCAAGCAUAUUUUGCGAUUCCACCCGUCCUCAAGACGUCAAAGAAGUCAUUUGCAGACUUGGCUGGCCACGCGGACGUCCGCAUUGACUCAGCUCGAGUCUGGCUUUAUGGAGCGGCGGUGGGCAAGCGAGAUAAUAAAGCCGAACUUAGGCUCAGCCUAAUUCACCUUGGAACUGAGAGCAUUGUGCGCGAAGACAAUGAGGUCUUCGAAUUCGACCACGAUGCAGUCAGGCUUGACUGCACAUAUGACCCUACAGGCAUCAAGGAGGCUGCGGAUAUUCCCAAGUCUAUAGGAUACGAUACGCAAAAGCUCAAUUCUUUCCGCUCGCUUGUGAUGCAGGCUCGGGAUGAAACGAACGGUCGGGUGUCGGCGUCUUUUGGUCCUUUUGCCCAUUGGUGUCUGUCUGUGUCGUCAGAGGAUAAUCUAGACUUGGAUAUGAGUAGCCUGACGGACAUUGCCAUCGAGUUUUCGGGGGAAAGCAGAGGUUUCAAUUAA